AUGAACCUCUGGCGCUCGCAAGAAAACGGAAAGUUUUUAGUUUUAAUUUCGCUAACGGUGAUAAUUUGUCAAUACAGCCAAGCUUCGAUUAUAGAAACACGAGAUGAUCUUGAAAUUCUGUAUCCUCCACAAUUUACCAGCAAUCGGAUAGUGGGAGGCGAGGAGGCACCAGACGAUUUUGCACCCUACCAAAUAUCACUGCAAAGUCUAAAGAAUAGGCAUUUCUGUGGAGGAGCCAUCAUUGACAAGAAUUGGGUUAUAACGGCAUCCCAUUGUGUGGCUGGGGCCAAACCGGAAAAACUCAAAAUACUUACUGGAGCCCAAAAUCUCAAAAAUAAUACUGGGAAUUAUUACUACGCCGAUCGUAUAGUUAUGCAUUGCAGCUACAAUAAUCCUGCCUAUGCCAAUGACAUUGCCUUGAUCCAUUUAAAUAGCAGCAUUGAGUUUGACAAUCAUACCAAGGCUGUGGAAUACAAUAAUGAACCCCUGAAGGACGGUGAUGAACUGGUACUUACCGGCUGGGGUACUUUGUCGUUGGGUGGUGAAGUUCCUCAAAUGUUGCAGACUCUAACGGUAAAGUAUGUUCCCUUUAACGAGUGCCGAGCUGCCCAUGACAACAGCACUUGGGUCGACAUUGGUCAUUUGUGUACAUUUAAUGACAAGGGCAAGGGCGCUUGUCAUGGUGAUAGUGGUGGACCUUUGGUGCAUAAUGGCAAGUUGGUGGCUUUGGUCAAUUGGGGCCGUCCUUGUGCCAAGGGAUUCCCAGAUGCCCAUGCCAAGGUUUCCUACUACUAUGAUUUCAUUCGCACCACCUUAAGGGGAUGUCAAAGGGAUAAUGAAGAAGAGACGACUGAGGAAAAGGAACCGGUUACAGAGCCUGAGAAGGAGGGGGAGAAAGAAACCACCGAAAAAGUAACUACCGAAAAAGCAACCACUGAAAAAGCUCCAUAG